UUGUGUCGACAGAAACCCGACGAGCUAGCCUCUAGGAACUCGAGCUUUGCCCGUGCAGCGCGUGCGCGCGCGUGGCAAGAGAAGCCCUCUUGGAAAUACGAGAAUAGUCCCCCUCUUGGCCUUGACGGGGGCAGCACGCAGCAGCAGCAGCAAGCAGCAGCCGAGGGCGUGGGGAGCGCUGGGAGGUGGUGGGAAGGAGGGCAGAUUGUUUACAGUCGCUUCGCGUCGGCGAUGAGGAAGGUGCCGAGCGGAAUCCCCCACUACUCCCCUGCUGCCAGUAAUAACGCACGGGGGGAAGGGGGAAGGAGGAACUACUCCUCUUCUUGAUGACCCCAUUUCCCAGCAUCUCUCAACGGCUAGAAGAGCGUCACCGCGCUCCAGUGAAGACCACUUCCGUCGUUCUGUCUUUUAACCAAAAGCGCCUCGCCCUCGUUCAAAGAACACGUAAGAGCGCUUGCAAGAAACGUAUGUGCGCGUGCAUUUGUAUUUAUAUACGCUUUCUGAAGUCACGUGACUUUUUCUGCCCGCGCGCCUCGUUUACUGUUUGCAUCUUCGCCAAUAGUAAAAAGCUGCCGAAGGUGUUUGACGCUGACGAGAUCAUUGGACUACCUUUGUGGAUUUCGGUUCAGGGUACCUUCCAAAUAGGAGCUGAUGUGCUUUCGUGGGAACUGACCAUGACGAGGGCAAGACUGAUGAGAACCGUUGACUAGCAGUGACCGUGUGUUGUGACAAGGCGUUGGUCCUGAAGCUGCUGUGUGCUCAACUGGACGUGAACGGGCCAUGCACGAGCGGGGAGCAUGAACUACUGCUGUCGCUCUACUUUUUGUGCUUGCUUAUAAAUUCGAUUCGAAAAUAGGAAGCGAGGGGCUUGUAGCGACUGGGACCUGUCGAGCUUUCGACAUUCACACAGCUCAAGUGCGUUGUUGACGCAACGAGUGGGCUUUGUGUGGAAACGGUUUUCAAGUGAGUUCUCUUGAAACUUCAACAGUUUGUGGUGAUAUAAGACGAACUUGAUGACUGCAUCAUCAGAGUGUGGUUGGUCGUUCAUCCUGCUCAGUAGUGGGUUGAUGUGCGCUUUCCAAGAAUUUCACUCUUUCGUGGAUUCUCUUCUUUGAUGUGACAGUAGAGUUCGCAGUCGGCUGUGGCGGCUCAGAAAUCGUUCGAUGACACCUGUAAUUACAGCCGAGGAGAAAUAACUGUCGUUUGUAACCAGUGAACGAAGGUAAGAUUGACAGCCUUUAUGCUUCUUGCAGCAAGUGGUGUUCGCGGAUGUCAUUGUGUCGGUUAUAUUACAGGUGCUCACUAGAAAGGUAACUGCGGGCGCUGAUUACAGGUUUCUUGCUGCCUACACUAGUUCCAGAUUCCUACACCUGUCUUUAGGACAGAAAGCACUGGUCCCUCCCGUUCUUCGCCGGCAAGGAAAGUUUGAAACAGAAGUUUUGUUGGUAUUUACAUUCGUGGGAAAGAACUAGUGCACACGACUAGAAACACUACUCUCGCGAGAAAAGUUGAAAGUAUCUAGAAAAUUAACACCUGCAGGGAGGUCACACGGACUGUUGUAUCAUCACUUGUUGUUGUCGCAUAGAAAUCUCAAACAUCACCGCCACCAACAAUAGCAAGCUGAGAAGUCAAGAAGGCCUGAGGCAGCUUGCGAUUGAAAUCAUUGGCUGAUCAAUGAGGAUAAUCUGUAGCUGUCAUCAUUGACGCCGGCGACAGUCCACAGAGGGUGAGUAGACAGGGAGAGGUUUGUAGACAGUAUCAAAAGGAGUAUAGACAGUCCCACAAGAAUUAUACACACUGCUAGCUGUACACAAACUACUGCUAGCUGGACGUGUUGUGACCUCAUGCACUAGGAACACCUUCAGCAAGGGAUAAAGCCGGAGAGGACUCCUUCCCUCGUCUCUUUACGGACAAGCUGGUCGUUGCUGCUGUCAUUGAUCGCUGGCUUCUCCCGUGAACAGCACAACACGAAGACGAGCUUCUCGUUCCCAUCGUAGUCUGUGCUACAUAGAGAGCCGUUAAUCGGAGGAUUAAGUGCGCAGAUCUUGUUGUUUGUCAACAAGUGCGUCGUGUUUGAAACACAAGACCUCCUGGCACCAAGACACAACGCUGGAUGGCAUCAGGUGUGGGACGACUGUCUUGACCAUUUACAUGCGGUGUUUCUAAGAUUGAUAGCGAUUUGUGAGACAAAGUUGUAACAAACUUCAUUACCGGUCUUCUGGAGGGGAAACAACUCUACAUUGUACGGGAUUUGAAGGUUUAAUUCUUGGACAUGGAUCAUCACGAGGAUGCCAGUGUUCGCAUAGAGGGCGGACUAGAACUAAAGCACGCGGACUCCAGCAACUCCAUUCCUCCUCCCCCGCCGCCCCCCGUGCCCCCCGUGGCCACUGUGGAAUCGGAUGACCUGCUGGAUGGAGACGAAGAGGAUGAGAAGCCCGACAACGAUGCGCAGGAGGAGAAAAUCGUCGUAAAAGAGGACACGGAAGUUCGUAGCGACAACUGCUGCGACCGGAUUCUGCGAUGUCUGUCGUAUGUACCGUGCGGCUCCCUGGUGGCCUGGAUCAUCCUCCUCUGGGGCUUGGUGGCCUUGCCGGCGGACUGGUGGUCGGCACGCAAAAGGCACGUGACCUUCUGAGAAACGACAAACUGUUGUGGUUCAUAGAGUACACAGUGACCGGCAUUGUGGUGUCCAUGUUCGUCCUCGGCACAUGUUUCAUGGUGGCUGGUCACCUAUCGACGGACCCCACAAGCCGACGGGUAUUUAACUCUACCUCCAAGAACCGAUGUGGGCGAGGGUUAAAUAUGUUUCUGCUGGGGUUCAUGUAUGUGCUGAGCCUGUGCUGGAUGUUGGCGUGCACACUGUUGAGCACACCAGUCGUCCUCCUAGUCCUCAUGUACAUCGUCACAGCCAUGCCUUUGGAAGAUGGCUGCUUCAACCCCAGUAACUUUGGAUUUCCAGAGCGAGAGAAAGUAUGCAGUGCCUCUGGUGAACUGGAUAUUUUCAAAAACCAUGCCAAGGACGUGCUUAUCUGCUAUAGCGUUGGUCUCCUAUCUUCAGUCAUCAUUGUCAUUAGCAUGAUACACUUCCUGAUCUGUGUCAGUGCAAACAUCACACAUCUUCGUGACAACCGCUUUGCCACACUCAAUGCUUACGAAGGGGAGGAGAUAAGGAACUCUAAGCACUCAGUCCUGGACACCAACAUGUAGAAGGGUCUCUUGGUGAUGACAGUUUUAUGGCACUUUGCCUGAAAAUAAGGAUAACUCCAGAAGCUGAACUGAUUGUAAUCUGAGUGAAUCAUGUUCAUCACCAUGAAAAAGGCUGGCAGGAUUGUUUUCCUGAUCCUAAGGGUGACUUGGUAAUCAAUAUUCCCUGCUGCUACAGCAGAAGUCUCUUUUUACCUGGAGUUAAUAACUACAGUAACCACAUACUGCCUGAAGCAUGGUAAAAACCUGUGGUCUUCGAUGCUAAUAAUCUUAUCAAGCAAACGAUGGGCAAAAUCACAGAAAAUGAAAUAUUUCAGUGGCUGGGAGGAGUGUAAUCCCAGCUUGGCCGGUCGCUGUAUGUUGCAGUGUGGACCAGGAUGAAAGGCAGCUUUUCAGAACAUUUUGAAGGACAUAGGAUGCACAGUGGAGAUGUUUAUCUGAUAUUUUGUACAUAAAACAGUAAAAUAUUUUAAGGAUUCCAAGGGCAGUGAAAAUGAACAUUUAGACCUAACAAAGAAUCCGUUGUGUUUAAUCUGAGACCUGUUUAGGGUCUCUCAUGUCAUCAUGGUCUUGUUCUUCAUUACUCGGUGUGGGUUGGGGACACAGGAGAAAAAAAAAAUCAAUUACUUUCAAUGCUAGCAGUCUGGUAGGUGCUGGUCUACAUGCAGAAAUUUAACAAGGGAGCUUCCACCAGCAGUUCCAGUAAACUAUUCUAAAUAUUCACACAAUAGCAUCAAAAUAGAAAUGAUAAAAGUGCUUGUAAUACAUUUUUACGCCACAAAUGUUCUUGAACUACUAGAAAGGUAAAGACGUAAACGACAGAAAAGAACAUGCAAUCGUGGAAACUGGGCAUUUUACUCUCUACAAUUAAUUUAUUUUAGCAGACAUCAUUUUUUUCCUAUGAUAGUUUUGUGGUCCAGAAAAAAAAUAUUAUCUGUCAUUCACACUGCCCUAGGGAAGGUUAGAAAGAAAAAGGAUUAAAGGUCGACAUGCUCAUCCAAUCAGGUUCAAAACCCUGAUGAUUGUGUACGUUUUAAUGUCCAGUUCUUCUCUGUGGCUGUGCAAUGCUUGUAGUGGUACUUUUCAGCUGUUACCAUCAGAUUGUUGUCCCAGUUGGAGUGAGCAGAAUAUUGUUGAUUCCACAGAAUGUGACUAAUUUUUAUGCAUUUAAAAAAUAUUUGGCCAAUAUAAAAUGUUAAAUUCUUUUCAAGAAAUCAAAUAUAUCAUGUUUGCCAUUCUAUCUCAACUUGAGUUUCCUGGUUAUGUUUUGAUGAUAGGACAAAUGCAUGUAUUUUUGCUUAUUUGUAAGUGGGGGAAGGGGGGAAUCAUUAUUUUAUUUCAUCUAUUUAGUUUUGCAGUGACAUCAAUUCAUGUUGUAGUCCAUCAAUUUAGAAUCCAUGUUACAUUUCUACUAAAGGGCAUCUUUUGCUGCACUUUUUUUAGGUGCAGGAGUGCAAAGCAUUAACAGCCAACUUCUUGUACUCAGAAUCUGGUGUACAUGUUGAGUGUUGUUACAGUCACUUGUUUUUUCAAAGUCUGAGUUUGGUCCUGCGUGGAACAGAUUAAGAGCAAAUUAUGCUCUUUACUUUCUUGGAAAAUGUCAAGUCUGUAUCAAAAAAAAAAAAAAAAAAAAAAAAAAUCUACAAAGCGAUAGUACUGAUGAUACCUGACAUUGGGUCACAAGACAGCAGCAUGUCUACAGGAGAAAUAUUUCUCCCUGUAUACGCAAUUAGCACUAUGUUAACAGUAUUGUUCAUAUGACAGUGUGUUGUUUUACAUUUCGUCAGUUACUAAAAUAGACUUUCUUGACUUUUACCAGAUCCUAUUCACUCUGCAUUUAAUUACAAAAUAUGCAGCAUUUUGGGUAUGUAAAAAUAGUCAUUUAUUUUUUCACUGUGUUAAAAAAAGUAGUCAUGUACUGUCUGUAAAGUUAUUUAUUGAUGUGAUUUUACCAAUGAAACGCUGCCCUUAUCCAGUUAUGUACAAAGAAUAAUACAUUCUCAUGCCUUAUGUUGAAGCAAUGUAAUCCCAAAAUUUAGAAUUUUUCUUUAAAUUUUCUGACUUCCAUCAUCUAACACUGGCAGCAUGAUUCCCAGCGUGUGCCCCUUAUAACUCUGACACCAAAUAACAUGAAAAUCUCUUAGAUUGUACAAGUGCAUACUUUUUUUUUAGGACUUUCAUCUAAUGGACAACAUAACAUCAUGGAGAACAACAUUCACUCUGGUGUAUUUCUAAAAACCUAUUUCAGUCACAACUGCUGACCUGAAAGGAAGUUAUUUCAUCAAUGUGUGAGAUGUCCCAUGCGAUGUUGUUUCAUAAUGAAUUUUAAACUUUUGGUUUUUAAACAAAUAUUCUUUAACAAUUUUUUUUUUCAUUGCAUGUAUUUGUAUCCCUGCACAAUUUUAAGAAGUUUAGAGAGAGUGGAAGUGAGCUAUGAACAAGUCAGCUUCUUCAGCUUUAUAAGAAGUGAGUGAUCAUACAAUAAGAACUGCUUUGCACAAACAAAAUGGUCUCUGCUCUGUGAGACGUUGUUAAAAGUUAGCUUUCUGAAAUGUGUGCAUUGUCCUAAAACUGUCUUUAUAGCACUUUGCUUAACCAGCCAUAGAAUAUGCUGCAUUCUUUUGAGAAAUUUUAGACAAGAUUCCUUGGACGGUGACCUAAAACUUGGCAUUCUGGUUUUUUUUUUUUUCAAAUUCAUCUCAGCUAAUGUUUUAAAGCAGAAUUCAGCAUGGAUAGCAUUAGCUUGUUUGAACAUAUAUAUAUUAUACAAUAUUAAAACUGAAAAAUAAAGUCAGGCCUUAAUUAUUCCAAUAAUGUGAAAGAAGCACUGUGAAGAUAUUGCCUCUAUAAUGAAUUCUGCAGUUCAUGUUUAUGAUUGGAAGCUAAUCUUCAUGCAAUUUCCUUGCCAAAUUCCUAAAAUUAUGAAAAUGUGAGUGUUUAAGUAAUGCAUGAAAGAAGUUUAAAUAGUGCAUAGUCGUCACACACAGGCAUUUCUAACAAGGUCACUGGGAUCGAUGCAAAAAUCGCUAAUUUGCUGAAAUAAAGUCUUACUUGAUAGGAAGUUGGAAUGUCUUGUCUGCACUAUGUGUUUUAUAAAGUCACUUUCCCUUCUUGGGCAACCUAUAACCUCAUGUAUCAAGAGUCACAAAACAUUUGUACAAGAGCGGAAGAGUGAUCUUGUCAGGUGAAAAAAUCCAAAAGCUUGUGGAUUGUUAGUAUAUACUGUGUUCAUUGUGCUGAUCUGUAACAUUAAAAAACCACUGCUUUAUAGACCAGAACAUACAUAAACAUACUGAAGCCUAUUUACUGUGUAAUUCUGAUUGUUAGUGUGCUAAAACCCACAACUUCCUCAACAGCAUAUAAAACAUCACAAUGACCGAAAGCCCUUACAACUCAAUACCAUUAGUUGUAAUCUAUCCAAUCAUUUUUCUUGCUUCUAUAUCAACUAGUUCUGAUAGUAAUUUGAACUGAGCUCUUCCUUGAUGUGAACUGGUUCAUGUCAAGUGGGAUAAGGUCAAGAACAAAUGGAAACUGUUUACUACUGAUUUUUUAAUGCAUCCAGGCAAUUUUUUUUAGGACAUAUAAAUAUGUUCUCAUCCUGGUGCUCUCAAAAAGUAGACACAUAAUUAAAUCUGACAUUCACAGCAAAAUAUAGCUUAUGAAAACAAGGGACCUCAUAGGUUCUCAAACUUUCAGCAGCUUGAUGGAUUUUGCUAAUGGAGUCAUGUGUAAUGUGUUGUAUUAAGAUCCACAUUUUCUUACCAAACCCACUUUCUUUACUUUUAUCUGUCACUAGACAUGCAUUUAAAACUGUCCAACAUGAAGCAGGCUGCACCAUUCAAAACCUGUUUGAAGGUAGCGCACUGGAAAAUGUACCUAAAACUUGCAGAAAUGCAUAAUUUUCAUUAGUUUUUAUCAAAUCUGUUUUAUACGACCAACACACAACAAAGUCCAUUUUCUACAGGAUUUCAUUUACCUUUAUCCAAAAUUGUUAUUGCUAGAAUACAUUCCUGUAAAAUUGUUCAUCCAAAAACAACACUUGCAUGGCUCAAAGUUAUCAUGAAAUUAAAUGUUUCGCUAAAGAAAUCAUGGUUUAAAAAAAAAGUUCUAUGUUGAGUGGUGCAAAUGAUUUGUAACAAACCCAAUGUAACUUUCAUGACCAGAAAAAGUCAUAUCUUUUAUACCAGUUAUCUUUUCUGGUAUUUCUCCCAUUUCAUCAAAUCGGUGAAACAGUUACAGAAAUACUGGAAGUGUUUACAGAGAUACGAAAUAAUAUUUAUGAAGUAGCUAUUGGCAUCAGUAUCCCUUCAGCAUGUUUAAUCGUUUCUUUUCAAAUAAUAGUGAUUGUGCUUAUUAUAAAGCUGAUAUGAAGCUCUCAAAAAAAACAUUUCAAAUGGCCUGGCUAAACACUCCACAAUUACUGUUAUUUUAAUGAACCUUUUUCUUCUGCCAGUCUUUCUUUCUCACACAUAAAUUGCUCACAGGUUUUAAAAAGUUUUCAGGUGUUCAGAUAAUUUCAAAUAUUACACCACUGUUGAAUGUUCAUGGUUACUUUGUAUUAUGUUUCAUAAUCUUCAGAAAAUAUCAGAGUAAUUUGUUCAGAAGAUUGUUAUAUAACUAGAAUGUUACUUUGUUACUUUUUUGGAAUGCUGAAAAUUUGCUUUCAUUUCAUUAAGAACCGAGAACAUUUAUUAUAUUCAAGAUAAAUGUUCCUCGUGAGUUAAUGUCAAGUGAUUAAUUGUUGUUCUCAGUGUACACCAAUCAUUGAUGUCAUGUAAAUCAUCAUUUUCUAAUUGUCUAAAUAUGCAGUAUUCAACAAUGCAGCUGGAGUUUAAAAGCAAGUUGUUAAAAUUUUGGUUUAUGCAUUGUAUGCUCCAAGAACUUUGUGCAUUAGAUUCAUAUUAUGUGUUAGAUUGAAACAUUCAACCAAACUGUUUAACAUUUCCUCAAUGAUAACAGACAACAAUCUCAAUUAUUCAUCUUGAGCUAUUGUUUCUCCUAGAGCAUUUUUAGUGUUGAGUUGUACAAUUUUCAGCUUCUUAAACAACACCUCACUCAAAAUCAAGAGGAUUUCUGAGCAGUGGUGUGUGCUUUUUACACAACCUUUACAAUUAGACCAGUGAGAGAACAAUUUUAUGUGUAGGAUGCACUUAUGCUAUCAACUCCUGGUGCAACCAACUGAUGUUGCCAGGACAUGUUGCAUGUGUCUUCAUAUUGCGCACAAACAUUUCUUUUACUCUAACCUGUAUAAACUCAAACUCUUUUGUAUGUGGUAGUCCAGUCCCUAAAAAUUAAGUUGAUGUGAAACUUCACAUGUUAAACAACAUCAUGCUUCUUUUUAAAUUUUAUAAGCACUGUUAACCAUGGUUAUGUGAAUUGAUUUUAUAUAGCAUCUGUUUAUUUUUCAAUGUCUGUGACAUAUAUGUGUGACUGCAUUUAUUGUAGUUUUCUAAACCAUCCUUUUAAGCAUUUUUAAUACAGCUGUAAUAUUAAUUCUGGGCUCUACUUUUUUGUCAAUGAUCGAUUGUAUAACACAUUUCAUUUGCUCAGCUAACACUCUGCUCUAAAUAAAGUUUUAAAGGAAUU